UUCCAACAUCGUCAUCCUAUAAAGUCAAUUUUCACGUGAUCGAUUUGCAGGUUCACCUUGUUUCGCUAUUUUCUAUUUCAAGAGACAUGUAUGUAUCUCCGGUAUGGAAUAGUGUUGGACGGACUCCGCCUGUGGAAAGUUAUUUCACUGAAUGGUAUCAGAUGCUGUACCAUUCAAUAUGCUGUGACAUAUUUAUGUCCCAAGGUGACUUCCCAAGGGAUUGAAUUUUGAUACGAUUUUGGAAAAAUAUUCACCAAUCACCAAUGGAGAAUCUUUGAAAAAUUCGUAUAACAGCUUCUCGUGAUUCAACCAUUUCGCUGAUUAUAAUAAUAUCGAAAUUAGAAAUGUAUAACAGUCGAUUCGAGCUUCAAAAUUAAUUAUUAAUUAUCAAAAUUAUUAAGUCACAUUUUACAAUCACAUUAACUGUACCACAAUGUCAGGAUUUUAUACUGCCAGUCAAUUCGACCAUGCAUUUAAGCCCACUAAACUUCGGAACUGGGAGUACGGUACGAACCCCUGGCCUGGAAAGUAUGCAAUUUGUUCUCCCAUCCGGUGUGACAAGACGGAAUUUAUCGCCUGUGACAACGGCCACCUCUUCCCUUGUGUCCCCCGAAACGGUUGUACGUCCCCCUGGGGAGAUUAUGCCACCUGGAUUUGGGAGCAGACAAAGCCGUGCUGUUGCAUUCGGCAACUGCGACAUCCUGAGCAAUUAAAACCACCCCGGCUUAUUUAUGUCACCAACGAAGUGAGGAUUUCCAAAAAUCUGACACGCAUACAUAAAUAUGCGAGUCCAUUAUUCAAUAAGGAAUUUUGUACGCAGAUCCCACGCCCUGGAAAAUUUGCAUCCGACGCUGCGAAAGAGUUCAACUGUGCAGAAACCAAAGAGGGGAUGAUGGACGAUGUUGCGUCUGGUCGUGAUCCGUGCUGCCCUGGACAAAAACGUCCAGGACCAUACGUCCAAGUGAUGGGGCGACAGAUGGUUGGAGACCGGGCGGCCAUGAGGAAGCAAAUGAUGAAAGAACGGAGAGCGUUGAAACGUUCCGUGAUGUCCAAACGUGGUGCCCGCUGCCCGGAUGUCAUCACAUUUCGGUUCUCAAUGGGAUGCCCGCCCGAUUUGUGUCAACCUUGUAAAAAACCAGCCUGGCGUAAGUAGGUGUAUAAUCUUCAAUCAAAUCGCCCCAAAAUUCAUGUUGAGCUUUGUCAAAUCAGAGAAAAUAAUAAACGUCUCGUGCGUUCGUGCUAUACGUGUCAUUUGGCGAAGGCUGGAAAAUAGCGACUAUUUGUUACUGCGAAAAACUUGAGUGAUACUCAAAAAGUAUGGAUUUUUGCAUGAUUUGUUGUUUCUUGUGGUAAAAGUAAAGCGUCGCCACUAUCUCAUCUCAUGGACGAGAUCAGUUGGACCGAAAACUCCUCGGGGGUUGUGGUUCCUCUUCUUCUUCUUCUGGUUGUUGGGAAAUUGUUGCUGGGAUGUUUGAUUGCAUGGUUAGUUUAUUAGCAGAAGAAGACGAUUCAGGCUUCAGGCUGUUGAACUCCUCCUCAACGAGUUGGCCGUCAGGUUGGUGGACGAGCGGCUUGGGGCAUUUUCUCCACUUCCUCCUCUGUAUCACCCUCAGCAUCAAUGUGGAAGGAAGUUGUUAUAUGCUCGCGAUGUUGAUCCCACAUUUACUUGCGAAUUAAUAAUGCGUUCACUGACCAAAUUGGCGUGCAUUCCCGUUUUUUCACACAGGACUUCAAAACGGUUACUUGAAAUGCUCCGAAUUUGUGACCCUUCUGUCCA